AUGCUUAACCAAAUCACUGCUUCUCAAAAUACUCAAUUAAGAAAUGAUUUUAGCGCUUUAAACACUAAUGUCGAUCAUUCAGUAAAAUUGCCAAAACUUACUAUACCAAAUUUUUAUGGUGAUUCUUGUUCUUGGCUAGAUUUCUGGGGUCAAUUUACUAAUGCUAUUGAUAAUAAUCCAAAUUUGACUCCCAUUGAUAAAUUUUCAUACUUGAAAUCGCUACUUGUCAGUAGUACAUUUAAUGUUGUUGCAGGUUUUUCACUUACUGAAGAGAAUUAUAAUUCAGCUAUUGAUUUAUUAAAAAAUCGUUUUGGUCACCAAGACCUAGUAAUUAACGCUCAUAUGAGCAAACCUUUGAAUCUGAAGCAAGUAAAAAAUGCUGCUAAUGUUAAGAAAUUGCGAGAGCUCUAUGAUAGUUGCGAAAUUCAAAUUAGAAAUUUAAAUUCUCUUGGUGUUACAGCCGGCAUACUAUGGACAUUUACUCUGUCCAAUUUUCAUUGGACAGAGUUAGUUGUUACCCGCAGAAAUUGCUCUCGAUUUUAA